UUGCUCUGCACCGAGACUUUGGGCUACGGCUCGGAGGGCUCUACUGUGGUUGCGCCGUAUGAACGCGGUCUGGCUUCGUGGCCCGAGUCGGCGGGCUGCGUCAGCUUCCUCCAGGUGCUGCUGGAGCCAGACUACCAGGAAGUGCUCAAUUGUAAACAUUCGCUGCUACUUCGCGCUGAUGAGGUCCUCCCAGGGCCUGCGAAGGUCUAUUGGGGUAAGACUGUGCGCGAGAACAGGGAUGAGUACGUUUGCUUCGUUCAGGACCUGCUCAGGCGGGACAUGGUCGAGUUGCGCGACGAGCUCGAGCUGUCGAUUCAGGACAUCGCAGAUUGCUUGUAUCAGUUCAGGGUGCCCGAGUACAUGGUGCUGCCGAUGGGCUUCUCGUGGGCCGUGCGCUGCGCCCAGCGGGCGCAUCGUGAGCUCCUUCGUCGCGGAGGGCUUGGGGGCAUCGAGGGCGGGCUGGUGGAUCGCCAGCUGGCGCCAGUUGUGGCGGCCAUGUCUGCGCCCAGGGCGGCGCGCGUGGACAGCGAGAUCUUCGUCUCGAACAGGGCUGGCGGCUCGAGGGGGGCGCGGAGGCAGGCCGCCAAGGUGAUGGCGGGCGUGGGCCUGCCCUUGCACGAUGUCGAGGUGGGCGAGAACUUGGUGGAGGCGCUCGGGCCGGAGCUAGACGGCGUCGAGCUCAGAGCGAGGCUGGCGCAAGGGAAGCGCUGGCGCCUCCUGCAAGGAGCGAAGGCGCUGCUGCGGCAGCGCAGGGCGGCCAGUCGGGAGGUGGAGAAGAUGGUCGGGCAUUUCGCCCGCGCCAUGUUGCUGAACAGGCCGUCGCUGAGCGUCUUUAGGUCGGUCUACGACUUUGUUCGCAAGCACUACCGGCACCCGGUGCCGCUGUGGCCUUCGGCGAGGCAGGAGUUCGCCAACGCCGUGGGCCCGUUGCCGCCGCUGGCCGCGCAGUUCGACCUACCUUGGUCAAGCUCGGUGACCUGCUCAGACGCGACGCUCAGGGGCGAGGCCGCGCAUGGGGCCAGCAUCGACCCGAAGGCUGUGCGCGACGUGGCGCGGAGGCCGCGGGAGCUCGCGCUUGAGACGGAUACCGACG